ACUAAUAAAGAAUUUUAGUCAACUAUACACGCCUUUAGAAUCUGCAAAUCAAAAUCCCACAAUAAGCCAAGUUUCUAAAUCUCUCAACAAGGCAUCUGAUUCUCCAUGCUUUCCACAACAUUCGACACACACACGUGACAAAAACAUAAAAUAAAACCCACUUACCUCCCACUCAUCACCCCCAACCAACCCCAAAAAAAAAAAACCAGAGCAUCGUAUCUUCUGGUCGGAACUCAGAUUCUCUAAAUCUAAAUGACAAGGUGCUUCAGCUUGUCUGAAGCAGUACACGGAUACUACAGAUCCGGCUUCAUCAAAUCCGGUCUCCAACCCGUUUCCACCGAUCUCGACGACGGAACUACCAUCCACUGUUGGAUCCCCAAAACCCGACCCGACUCCAAGCCCAACCUCCUCCUCAUCCAUGGCCUCGGCGCCUCCGCCGUUUGGCAAUGGUCCGCCGUCGUCCGCCGCCUCUCUCCGCACUUCAACCUCUUCGUCCCCGACCUCCUCUUCUUCGGCGCAUCCUCCACGACCCGACCCGACCGCUCCGAGACCUUCCAGGCCCAAUGCCUAAUGGCCCUUAUGGAGGCCCAUUCCGUCCGACGCUUCAGCCUCGUCGGACUCAGCUAUGGCGGAUUCGUUGGCUACCGCAUGGCGGCGAUGGCCGGCGGCGGCGUCGUGGAGAGGGUGGUGAUCUGCUGCGCCGCCGUGUGCAUGGAGGAGAAGGAUAUGAAGGAUGGGGUAUUUAGGGUUUCGGAUCUCGACGAGGCUUCGAGGAUUCUGGUGCCGGAAUCGGUCGGGAAGCUCCGCGAACUGAUGGGUUACAUUUUCUACGACCCGUCUCGUACCAGAUUGAUCCCUUCUUGUCUGCUCGAGGACUUCAUCGAACAUGCAUUGAGGAGAGAGUACGUGGAAGAGAAGAGGGAGCUAAUCAAAGCCAUACCAAAAGACAGAAAAAUCUCAGACAUUCCGAAGAUCGCUCAGCCAACACUGAUAGUGUGGGGGGAGAGUGACAGAGUGUUUCCAGUGGAGAUGGGGAAAAGGCUGGAGAGGCACCUGGGCCCUAACGGUAAGCUUGCGGUCAUCAAAAGGAGCGGUCACGUUUUCAACUUCGAGAAGCCCAAACCCUUUUUUAAACUCCUCAAAUCCUUUCUUCUUCCCCCAUCCACAUGACCCCUUCCAUCUCUAGAAUGUGUAUCGGUGUUGCUUUCUGUUACUCUGCUGCGUUUCUCAAUCCGAGAUACGGGUUUACUACCUGUCAGAGUUGUCA